AUGAUGAAGUCCAUUACGCACCUUGCCCUCGCGGCUUCGCUCAUUGCCGGUGUGGCCGCCCACCAGCAGCAGCAGCAGCACCAGCACCAGCGCCUUCACAAGAAGCACGUCGCCUCCCCCGUCGAGAAGCGCGAGCCGGAUGCCGUCACCGUGUACGAGGCCGGCCCCACCGUAACCCACUAUGUGCUGGCCGGAGAGAGGCUGUCUGAGGACGAGGCUAAGGAGGGCAUUGCCGAUGGUCUCUUAGUCGUCGUCGGUGAGAGCACCCCGAGCUUCAGCCCCCCCCCUCCUCCCGCAUCUUCUUCGGAGCCUGCCACUUCCACCCGGGCCAUGGCCGCUCAGUUCUUCGAGUCCAAGGAGGCUUCGUCUUCCACCCCGGCCCCUUCUCCGACUCCCACUCCCUCUCCGACCACCAGCUCCGAAGCACCGGCUGAACCCACCUCAUCGGCUCCCGCCAACGGCGGCGGCAGCGGCAGUGGCAGCGGCGGCGGCACCGGAUUGGACGCCGAAUUCCCCAGCGGCGAGGUCAAGUGCUCUCACCUGCCGACCGACUACGGUGUUGAACCGCUCGACUGGCUCGACAUCGGCGGCUGGGCUGGCAUCCAGAAGGUACCCAGGUACCGCCCCGGCCACGCCUCCAUCGACUACAUUGAGACCGCUGUCGACGGUGGUUGCGAGCCCGGUGCGUUUUGCUCCUAUGCCUGCCCUGUCGGCUACCAGAAGACCCAGUGGCCCGAGGCACAGGGCGCCACCCUGCAGUCCAUCGGCGGUCUCUGGUGCAACGACGACGGCUUCCUGGAGCUCACCCGCCCCGAGAAGGAGACUCUCUGCGAGGCGGGCGCCGGCGGCGUCUGGAUCCAGAAUGACCUCGACGACAUCGCUGCCGUCUGCCAGACCGACUAUCCCGGCCACGAGGCCAUGGUCAUCCCCACCAUUCCCAAGCCCGGCGAGAAGCUGCCCCUGACCAACCCCUAUGCGCCUGACUACUACGUCUGGAACGACCUCCCCACCUCCGGCCAGUUCUACGUCAACAAGAAGGGCUACAAGGUGGAGGAUGCCUGCGUUUGGGACAGCGCCAUCGACCCCGAGGGCGCCGGCAACUGGGCCCCCAUCAACAUCGGCUCCGGCAUGGCCGCUGACGGCAACACCUACAUUUCCAUCUUCCCCAACGCGCCCACCAGCAUUGCCAAGCUGGACUUCAACAUUGAGAUCAUUGGCGACGUCAACUCCAAGUGCGCCCUUAUCAAUGGCGUGUACACUGGUGGCAGCACCACCGGCUGCACUACCACGUUGCCCAAGGGUGCAGGCGAAGCUAUCAUCCGAUUCUUCAAGUAA